UUAGAAUGUCAGAGUCUAGAGUUUAAUUGUUUUACUCCCGUCUGCCCAAUCAACAAACGUCACCAUCUUUAAAGUGCCCUGCUAGAUCUGCGACUACCGGGCAGCGUUUUUCCACGAGCACCCACACUCUCCUUCGCGCACGUGUCCGCUAGCUUCAUAAAGUGAAUAUGCACUACUUGGCUGCUUUUAUGCUGUGUCGAUUGGGUGGGAAUGAGUCGCCCAGCGCAGCUGACAUAGAAAAUGUACUUGCUUCUGUUGGUAUCGAAUCGGAUUUUACCAGAAUGAAACAGUUAAUGGAUUGUGUCUCGGGAUCCGACAUCACGAAACUGAUGGCAGACGGCUUUUCGAAGAUGGCUGCCGUCCCUACGGGUGCAGCUGCCGUACGACCUGCGGAGGCUGUCACAACUGCUGCUGCAGAACCGGCUAAAGAGGCUCCAAAGAAAGAAGAAGUAAAGGAGGAGUCUGAGUCUGACGAGGAAAUGGGUUUUGGGUUGUUUGAUUAAUGUAAAAUCACAAUAAAAUGUCUGCAGUCAUA